GUUUGGAUGCGGCACGGCCCUGCGCCAUGCCCUUCAGCCUUGGGCUCGGAGGAGAACGCUCCGGACGUGGGCCCCGGGUGGCGGUCGUUGUGUUUUCUUUGUAGUUGGCGGUCUGAGGCCAGGCCUCGAGUGGGAACGGCAUCACCAUGAUGAGAGGACGGCCGGGCCGGGAGGCCUUAACGUUCCUGCCGGCUGAGGCCCGGAGCCUGCCCCCGCCCAAGCUGACCGACUCGCGGCUCGCCUACUUCGGUUUCUUGGGCUAUUGCUCCGGCCUGAUGGAUAACGCGAUACGGCGGAGGCCGGUUUUGUCGGCCGGUUUGCAUCGCCAGCUUCUAUAUAUUACUUCCUUUGUUUUUGUUGGAUAUUAUCUUUUGAAACGUCAAGACUAUAUGUAUGCUUUGAGGGACCAUGAUAUGUUUGCAUAUGUAAAAUCACAUCCGGAGGAUUUUCCUGAUAAAGAUAAGAAAACUUACAGUGAAAUUCUUGAAGAAUUCCAUGCAGUGCGUUAAGUCUCCAAAAUGUGUGUCAGUUUCACUGGUACCGGUUAUCUGAAGGUCGUGGAACAUGGACCGUGUUCCCAUGGUAUCUGAAGCUUGUGUUCAUCUGUAUGUUGACACCUUAUGAUUAAAAUGGUCCUCAUGA